AUGCCCCUCAGCAAUAGCAGUACACUAAGAGACUUCAUUCUCCUGGGGCUCACAAAUUGCCCAGAACUCCAGCCUCUCCUCUUUGUGCUGUUUCUGGUUGUUCACCUCGUCACCCUCCUAGGCAACCUGGGCUUGAUGGUAUUAAUCAGACUGGACUCUUGCCUUCAGAAGCCCAUGUACUUCUUCCUCACUCAUUUAGCCCUUGUAGACUUGUGCUAUACCUCGAACGCAACUCCACAGAUGCUGACUAAUCUGGUAUCAAAGGGGAAGACCAUCACCUUUGCUGGCUGCUUUAUACAAUGUUGCUUUUUCAUAACACUUCUCCUCACUGAGCUCUACAUGCUGGCAGCAAUGGCCUAUGACUGCUAUGUGGCCAUAUGCAACCCUCUGCACUACAGUGUGAAGAUCAGGCGUGUCUGCAUAAGCUUAGCCACAUUUCCUUAUGUCUAUGGCUUCUCAGAUGGGUUGUUCCAGGCCAUCCUGACCUUCCGCCUGACCUUCUAUAGAUCUAACAUCAUCAACCACUUCUACUGUGCUGACCCACCACUCAUUAAGCUUUCUUGCUCCAAUACUCAUGUCAAAGAGCUUGCCGUGCUCUUAUCAUCAGGCUUCAACCUCUCCAACUCCCUCUCCAUCAUCCUGGUGUCUUAUGUCUUCAUUAUUGCCGCCACCCUCAGGAUCAAAUCAGCAGAGGGAAGGUGCAAGGCAUUCUCCACCUGUGGUUUCCAUGUGAUGGUUGUAACCCUAUUCUAUAGGACCCUCUUCUGCAUGUAUGUAAGACCACCAACAGAUAAGACUGUUGAGGACUCCAAGAUUAUAGCUGUCUUCUACACCUUUGUAAGUCCAGCACUUAAUCCCUAUUAUAGUCUGCAGAACAAAGAUGUAAAACAAGCAUUGAGGAGACUCCUCCGAAGAAAUAUGGUCACUAAGUUGGCAAUGCCUCCAAUUUCCAGUAAACCGUAA